CCCGAGGCCGCGGCCCGGCCUCUCCCGGGCUCCGGCCAAUCUGCGCCGUUCCUGCCCCCCGCCGAGUUCAAAGGGACGCGCGGAGGGAGCGGCGUCCGACCCAGCCCAGCCCAGCCCCGCGGCCCGUCGUCGGACAGGAAAGAUCGACGCCCCCUCCCCUCCCUGAAGACACUCCGCCCGCAGCAGGAUGACCGGCCCCCCGACCACGCCUUCUCCCGCAGAACUGCUGACCACCCCAAUUUUGCGGGCCACUGAGACCCUGUCCCCAGAAGCUGAAGAAGCCAGCACAGCACUCAUUGCAGUUGUUAUCACCGUGGUCUUCCUCACCCUGCUCUCGGUCGUGACCUUGAUCUUCUUUUACCUGUACAAGAACAAAGGCAGCUACGUCACCUACGAACCUGCAGAAGGCGAGCCCAGUGCCAUCCUCCAGAUGGAGAGUGACUCAGCCAAGGGCAGAGAGAAGGAAGAAUAUUUCAUCUAAUGACCCCAGGCCCUGAGGGACUAAUGCCUGGCUCCAGCAAUGGCACGCUCGCUCUAAGUUAGGUGGAAGCUUUAUCUGAAGCCAGUGAGUAACACUGACUGAUGUGGGCACAUCCACUCUCCUUCCAGGACACAGCCCUGAUGCCAACAUCACUGACUCAGGGACCAGGGACAUGGAGAAAGUUGCUUAUGAUGUCUUCAACCAGGCCUUUGUAAUAGAGCUAGUGCCUGCAGCUGGCCAGCAAGCUGGGGCUAUGCCCCAGAGCAUCUUAGUUUCUGCCUUCCUAGGUUGAAAGGGGUGGGGAAGGUGGCUAGCCGGUCCACACUGUCCGCUCUCUGGCCCCCUAGUGAUAGACCCAUGCAGCUAUCCAUAGAAGGUCUUUCCCGGGGCCAGGCCAGGAAGGAUAGGAGAACACUGGGGAUGUCACCUCCUGGUAUGUGCCACCUCCCUUAAUCUGAGCCCGUCCUUUCCAUUCUCCCCAACAACCUCAUGUGUACACUCUUCCUGUCCACAUUAAACUCAACUGAAACAAACAAA